CAUUAAUUUUAGUUGCAUUUCAUUUUUUUAAGUUGGCACUUAUACGAAUAUAUUUUACAUUAUUCUUAAUAAACAGGCAAUAGCGAAGCAGACCGACACAUAAGGACAUAAUUUACAAUGACAUAUUUACACUAAACACAUACAUCAACUUAUUCUUCCGUUUUUUUUCAAUUACGCGUAUUCAAAAGUUUCCAAAUCUGUGCUAUAAAAAUGCAGAGCCGUAAAGGUGUGACUUUCUUCAAUCGUGAGAAAAUCCGUUCCGAACUCGUGCCACUCAAUUAUGUGCAGGCACGUCGCCUUAAAGGACCCAUCUAUUGUGCUCUGGUUAAAGAGUUGUAUGAGGAAGGCUGUAGAAUAGGUGCUCGUCAUCUUGAAAGUUUGGCCGAAAAAGAGGCUUUCUUUUACGAAACGAAGGUCAUACGAGAUCGCGUUUCUGAUAACAUUGAACUGUUGAUGGCAUUGUUUGAGAAUAUGCGCGUUGCCGAGAAGGUACGAAAACUAGAAGAAGCGCACAGUUACCGGGCGACAGUCAAAUGCUUUUAUCAAAUUGUUCAAUUACUAGAACCAUAUAAAAUUAAAUUCAAUUGGCUGUUGGAGCAUAUUUAUGAUAUAAUUAUACCGAUUUGUGAGAGCAUCGAGGGUUUCAAUGAUACCAUCGCUGACGAGACCAUUGCUCGUAUUUACUUCAAAACUGCAAAAUUUCACAGCACAAGAGAAAACGCACUCCUCCUGGCAAUCAAAUUUAUGGAAAAAGCUAUGAAAUUAAGCCGGAAUGAAGCCUGGCUCUCCGAAUACGUCACUGAACGUGAGUGGGGCGUUUAUCCGACACUGCAUUUGGUAGCGGGGCGCGAAGUUGCUGACUUGUUGUUACGUUAUGCAAACAAUAUAGCUGCGGAAGAUUCCAAUGCUGCAGAUGAAUUCGCGCACAAAGCCAUGAUUAAUCUUGCAGAAGUUGGCUUAGAAAAGAAUAAAGUUCAAUAUAUGCGCGCCCUACUAUCACGUGCCAAAUACCUGUUGCAGUCGGAGAAUUACGAUGCAUCUUACAAGAUCUUGCUAAAGGUGCGCAAGGAGGUUGCCAAUAGUGCCAACGUAAUAGAGCCCAAAUUGCUCAGCGAUUUGUUCUUAUAUGAAGGACUGUACUUAUGGAACCAAAACCUUAAAAGUGAUGCACUUUCCAAAAUGGAACAAGCAUUAAAGUUGGCCCAGAAGAGUGGUUGUAAGGUGAGAGAAGCUGAAGCGCUUGUGGCUAUUGGUAAAGCUUAUGCGGCUGAAACUUUAGAACAAGACCAAGCACGCGAGGCAUUUACGUUGGCGAAGCAAAUUUUCGGUGAACUCGGUGAUGUCUUGAAUCGUAAGAAGGCUCAUUACAUGUUGGCCAAGUUGCAUGCCGAUCAGAUAUUUCCGUGUUUCCUCGGUUUACUGAAGGAUGGUGAGGAAAAAUGUUGCGGAUUUUACAAUUUGCGACAAUGGAAAAAUAGUUGUAAAAUAUUCUGGAAUACUAUGGGUAUUGCAGAGUUGAAAGAGGACAAAAUUUAUUGUCUAUUAGAAGAAGAUAUUAAGGAUACAAUCGCUUGGAAAGAAAAUUAAUUGUAGUGGUUUCUGGCAAUGCCACCGUAGUGUAAACAAUAUCGCAUGUAUAAGUUACGAAAUAUUUACCCCAUAAUGAGCUAGAAAAAAAAAAAAAAUUCUUGACAG